AUGUCGAGGCGCGGCGACUGGGUCUACGAGAACAACGGCGGGACCUGCGUGGCCAUCGCCGGCGCGGACUACUGCGUGGUCGCCGCCGACACCCGCCUCUCCGUCGGAUACAACAUCCUCACGCGCGAGCACUCCAAGAUCUGCGAGCUGGCCGAUAAAUGUGUAAUAGCAUCUUCUGGCUUCCAAGGUGACAUCAAAGCUCUACAGAAGAACUUAGCUGCCAGAGAACUGCUAUACCAGCACCAGCACAAUAAAAGGAUGAGCUGCCCAGCAAUGGCACAAUUGCUCUCCAAUACUCUGUACUACAAGCGAUUCUUCCCAUAUUAUGCUUUCAACGUGCUUGGUGGGCUUGACAGUGAAGGGAAAGGAUGCGUGUACUCGUAUGAUGCUGUUGGGUCCUAUGAGAGGACUGGUUACAGUGCUCAGGGAUCAGGAUCUACUUUGAUCAUGCCAGUGUUGGACAACCAGCUGAAAUCACCUAGUCCACUAUUAGUCCCUGCAAGAGAUGCCGUCACCCCUUUGUCCGAGUCAGAGGCGGUCGACCUAGUUAAGGAUGUCUUUGCAUCUGCAACUGAGAGGGACAUCUACACCGGGGACAAGGUGGAGAUUGUAGUCAUCAACAAAGCUGGUACAAGGCGCGAGUACAUCGAGUUGAGGAAGGACUAA